AGAUGCCUCAGAUACUUGCACGCGAAAACAAUAUCAGGAACAUGAAAAGUAACGGAGACCCACCAAAGAAGAUGCCUCCUACUUCUAAGAUAUUCUCACCUCCCUUCUCUCCCUCCCCAUACUAGAUUGCUUUUUGUGAAUGAUUCGUUUAUGUUCCCAAUGAAAAAAGUACACUGCUUUCUGCCGUGAAAACGGUUCUCUACUUUUCGGGUUGCUCCUCCUUCGUCAUCAUCAUAAUCUGAUCUACGAAAAUGAAUUGCCUGCAAUCCGUUGGCCACAGCAGAUUCUCUGCGUUGCCUUGGCCGAAAAGAGUGGACGCCCACCACAGAAGGACCGCGGUCUUUAAUGGGUUCGUGGGAACUGGUUCCCUCAGGGUGGCAGCCAUGAAAACAUCUUCCAACUCAAGGAGCUCUUUGUAUGAGGAUGAGACAGAGGAACAGGCAAGUUCCCUAGACGCAAAGAUGACUGAUCUAAGUGAUCGAGAAGAGAAAUCUGAGAUAUACAGUAGCAACAUGACACAAGCUAUGGGAGCAGUAUUAACUUAUAGGCACGAGCUUGGAAUGAACUACAACUUUAUUCGUCCAGACUUGAUUGUGGGAUCAUGUUUGCAGACUCCUGCAGAUGUUGACAAACUACGAAGUGUUGGAGUGAAGACAAUCUUUUGUCUCCAACAAAAUCCUGACCUUGAAUAUUUUCGAGUUGAUAUCAAUGCCAUACAGCAAUACUCAAAGGAACUCAAUGGUAUUCACCAUUAUCGUGCAGAAAUACGUGAUUUCGAUGCAUUUGAUCUACGCAUGCGGCUUCCAGCUGUGGUCAGUAAAUUGUCCAAAAUCGUAGAUAUUAAUGGUGGAGUGACUUAUAUUCAUUGCACAGCUGGUCUUGGAAGAGCCCCUGCAGUUGCGCUCACGUACAUGUACUGGGUUCUAGGCUACCAACUGGAUGAUGCUCACAAAUUACUUCAGAGUAAACGGCCAUGCUUCCCCAAACUUGAUGCCAUAAGGAGUGCAACUGCUGAUAUUCUCGUUGGUCAAUGGAAGGCCAGAGUUACUUUCAAAUGGGAUGGUGAUGAUUGUUCUUCAGUCGACAUUUCUGGACUAGAUAUUGGCUGGGGUCAGAGUAUUCCUUUAAAAUUUGAUGAGGAGCAAGGGGCUUGGUUGCUUGAGAGAGAACUUCCAGAAGGGCGGUACGAAUACAAAUAUAUUGUGGAUGGAGAAUGGGUGUAUAACAGUAAUGAGCUGGUCACAAGUCCAAACAUGGACGGACAUGUCAACAAUUACAUUGAGGUUUUCAACGAGGAUGUAAACAUCGAAGCCAGGCAAAGAAGGAAGAAAUUCAUGGACGGUGAUGCUGAACUCACAACUGACGAGAGGAAGAUGAUAAGGCAAUUCUUAGAUUCCUAUAAGGAUGAUGCGGACUUGGAUGAGGAAGAAGCUGAAGUACGGGCAUCAGCGACCUCCGAUGCAAUCGCCUCAGGGACAAUAGGCGUCCCAGAUAAGGCCUAGUACUUAGGUAAGUAAUUGCUUAUUAAUGUGAUGGAUAUUAAUCAUAAUGAUGAUGGUAAUAAUAAUAAUAAGAAGAAGAAUGAUAGUAUGAAAAUAUCCUGUUAGAAUAUGAGGACUCAAUUUUUUGUA